AUCCUGCCUCAGUUCAAGUCAGCAGAGGAGAAGAACCGUUUGCUGCGAGCAGUAUCAGGGGCAGGGCUUGACUCUCUCUCCUCCCUGAGGGCCAAAUGGGACAAACUGGAGCUUGUCAUGGAGAGCCAUCAGCUUAUGAUCAAAGAUCAGGUGGAAGUGAUGCGAAGUCACACCACAGAUCGUAUCAAUGCCUACAGGGCAGAUCUGGAGAGGUUCAAGGCCCGCUGGGACCAGCUGAAACCCAAAGAAGAGCUGCUUGAAUCUGGUGAUCAUGAAACCCUACUUGCCAGUCUUCAAACCAUCAGAGAUAAGCAGCAAGAGUUCCAGGAAUUAGAAUUAAUGCGCAAUAAGCUAAUUGAGGACUGUGUGUAUUUCGACCUGGAGGUUUCAACUUUCCCUCUUGCUGAAGAGACAAAACAAGACAUGGAGGAGUACAGUCAGAUGUGGGGUCUGUAUGAGGAGUGGCACCAAGGCUUUACGGAAAAGGCUCAGGAGGACUGGAUCUCCUUCAGGAGUAAGACCUAUCUGUUUGAGGAGUUUCUAUUCACGUGGCAGGACAAACUUCGGAAGCUGGAACAGCCUACAGCCAUUUCUGUUAAACUGCAAGAAGAAGUGGACAAAUAUAAGGUACAACAUCUAGUUAAAAACAUGUAUUUUCUGU